CGGUUUCUUUAGUGUUUUCCACUUCUUCAGUAUUGAAAUGUUAAAGUUAAGGUUGCUCUGUGCAUUUCUCCUGAUCGCCUUUUGCAAUGCCACUUUGUUGGCAAGUGAAGAGUCGAACCUUGCAACACCGUCAAUGGAGGAUUUUGAUAAUUGCGAUGUUGCAGACAAAAACGAAACCCUGGAGACUGAUAACGUCAUGCGUAUCAACGGCGGCCGACCCGUCACACAGGUCGUACCCUAUCAGGUCUCACUGCAGGUGUACCGACGUGGUCGCUACCAUCAUUUUUGCAGCGGUUCUAUCAUCAGCACUCACCACGUGCUCACCGCCGCUCAUUGUUUAACCAAGAUGAACGCGAAUGAAAUCACCGUUGUGGUCGGCACUUUGACGUGGCGUAAUGGUGGUGACCGCUAUCGAGUUGUGGCUAUACGCUCUCACCCCAGCUUCUCCUCAAGCUCAUUAAUUAUUAACGAUAUUGCUGUGUUGAAAGUAACACCGCCAUUUAACUUGGCCAAGAGUUCGAUAAGUACAAUAUCGCUGGGAGGGCGAGCGCGUGUUGGCGAGAAUGUCGCGGUGCGCCUAACAGGUUGGGGUUCACUCACACCAACCGGGUCAAGCGGUUUGCCGGAGCAACUACAAGUCUUGGACUACCGCACCAUAUCAAACCAGGACUGUGCCCAGCGCGGCUUUCGCAUAACAGCCAACGAGUUAUGUGCGCUGGGUGAGCGCGGGCGCGGUGCUUGCGUGGGUGAUUCAGGUGGACCGCUAAUAAUGCAACAAGGCACACCGCAGCUGGUCGGCAUUGUUUCCUACGGCACCGCAACCUGCGCUCAGGGUCGACCCGAUGUUUACACAAGAGUGUCAAGCUUUCUGCCAUACAUUAAUAGAGUAAUAACCACUGAAAUACCGUGAAGUUGUAAAAGUGUAUUGUAAAAAUUAAAGCUUGAAAUUGUUAUUCAAA